AUUAUCAAAUCAAAUAAAAUAACAAUGUGCUUGAAUGCGAACCAAAAGCCUUGUUGCGUCAUAAUUGCAUUGUUUGCGAUUUUGGUCGGGAUUAUAGAGUUUUCUUACGAGUGCUUUCAUAUAGCCCUGUACGGAGUGAACAAAUGGUUAGUGGCAUCAUUGAUCACAUGGAUUCCCAUUUUUAUUGCUGCUUUUUUUCUGAUUAUAGGGGCACUCAGGGAAAUACCCAUUCUUUUGCUUAUCUGGGUAACUGUGUCACUGAUUUGCGGAGUUGUUUUGAUUAUUAUAAAGGUUGGAUUGAUGAUAUACCUACAUAGGCUUAGUAUGAAUGUAGAUAUUGUGGUCGCCAUUUUGAAUGUCAUAUUUUUAUUGCUCGUCUUCAUUUGGGCCGCCUACCCUUAUGCAUACAUGCGUGAACUGAAGGGAUAAAAAUGAUUUGAUAUUAUCGC